AUGGCGGCGUUUUUGCCGUACACGAUUAGCCCGUACUCGAGUCGAAAUCCAAACGCCGCGGCGCGAAAGUCGCUCGUGAGCAAGGCGAUGAAAGCGCGCGCGAUGCACAGGAGGUUCGCGCGCAUCAAAGCGGCGCGAACGUACGCGGGGGAGGUGUGCGCGCAGUUCGCCACGGCGGCGGUCGAGGCGCCGCGUCGCGCGCUCGCCGUGGCGUUGGCGCUCAAGGCGUUUUCGCUCGCAAACGUGAGCGCGGCGAGCUCCUUGUUGGACGCGCUGUUGCUCGUCGCCUUGUGCGCGGCGUCCGUGAGCGUGAAUUUGCUCGAGCGACGCCGUGGGGUCGGAAAAAUGCUAAAAGAGAUGGCGUACGUGGAGCGGGAGUAUUUAAGGGCGCAGACAAAGGGUACUUUCUUGUGUCGAUGGGCCUUCGAUCCGUACGAGGAUCCAGCCGAGGUGAACAAGACGUCCAAAGACAAAGCGUUGACGAACGCCGCGGUGGCUGACGCGUUGGCGACCUCGUGUGCGUUGAUCGGAGUACCACCUGAAGCGUCCAUGGCAUUGGUGUUAGACGCCGCUGAUGGAAGAACGAGUAAAGAGCUCGCGGCGAAAGGCGUACCUCCAACGUCCAUCUGGGUGCCGAAUCUGUACACGCACGUCGUGUACGCGCUGCGGAAGAAUGUCGGCGUCAACGCGGUAGCGACAAAAGUGGAGGCGUUUUUGGCGGCUCGUGACCCGAGAGAGACGCAGUUGCAAGUUAUUUAUCUCGAUCACUGCGGUGCGGUCGACAACCGAACGCAACAACUGUACGACGUCUUCUCGCGUCACGCCAUCGCCGACGGCGGCGUCUUGGCGGUGACCUUUAGCACGCGCGGCAAGCGCAGUGGGAACACCAAAGCUGGUGCGGUACAACUCGCGGCGAAGGCAAUCGCGGAGGCGGCAGAGAUGCACGGCUACGUUCUCGAAGGUGACGCGGCGCCGAACAUUCGAGGCUUGGUCGAUUACACGGUGACGGUGACUCCCGAGCUCGGGGAUACGAUGGAAAAGGAGUCCGCGCAAGCGAAUUUCGCGCGAGUCCUUCGAGAGAGUGCGAAUGCGAUCGAAUCGGCGACGAUCGCCGAUAACGAUGGCGCAAUCGCCGCCGCUUUAGCGCUGUGGCUCAAGGAUUCGGAAGCGAAAGACGCCUCUGACGAGGCGCUCGAAACGGCUAAGGACCGCCGCCGGCGCCGACUCGCGGCUGACUUGUCUAAACGCGCACUCGCGCGUUUGGAAUCGGGCAAGACGCUCAUGGGUAGCGAUGCUCGCGCGCUUCGCUCGCUCGCGCGCGAAGUCGUCGCCUCCGCGCGCGCCGCGGCUGAACUUCGCGAUCCGGGCUCAGAGCGCGUCGCCGCCGCCGCCGCCGCCGCGAGACGCCCGUCGACCGAAGCGGCCAUCUUCGAGCGACGCUAUCCCAAGUGCCUCUACAUGUACAAAACCCUAAUGUUCUUCGUGUUUCGAGCGCGCGCGGGUGCCGUCCUCGACGGUCUCGUCAAGUAUCGCGACGACGCGAAGAAGGCGCUCGACGCCGACCCGGAGGAUGAGGUAUUGCGAGGGCAGUUGAACUUUUUCGACAAGCAAGUCGAGCGGACGCGCGCGAACGCGGAAUUCUUGACGAACGAGGUGAAACCGAACGUGGUGGCGGGGAAGACGAACUACCUCGGUGGAUUAUCGUUUGCGGUGAAGGAUGUGCAAGCGGAGGUUGAUUUUUGGACCAAGGCUUUGGGGGCGCGCGUGACGAGCGACGUCGGAAGCGGGGACGAGCGCGUGACGACGUUGGCGUACGGGCAGAUCAGUUUGAGUGAAGACGACGGAGGAAAGGCGACGGUCGAGAUACGGCAGGCGACGAGCGGUGCGGACGUCGUGGACGUCGGCAACGUGUUGAGUUACGUCGCCGUCACGGUGCCGUUUGGUCUGCGAGUGUCGCAAAUUUACGAGAGCGGCGGCGAAUUGUUGUACGGCUUUGGGUUUUUCGAUAUGCGCUCGCCCGGCGGUAUUCCAGUGCGUGGGCAAGUGGCGACUAGACGAGAUCCGCUGGAAGUGGUGGCGUUGAACGUAAAGAACGUGCGCGAGGCUGAGAAAUUCCUCGUCGCCGAGUACGGCUUUGAAUCCGUUAAGCCUCUCGACGCGAAUUCUUACGCCCCAAAAUCUCCCAACGGCUCGCGUUUGCUUUACUUCACCAGCCCGACGAAAACGUUUACGGUUAUUUUACAACCCUGGCGAGAGAAGACGCCCUUGCGUCUCGGCGACACCUUGCGAGGCGUCGUCGUCGCGCGCGGCGGCGAUUUCGCCCGCGCCGACGUCGUCGCCGACCCCCGCGUCGCGGGCGUCCCGUUCCAAUCUCGCCCGCUCGCCCCAGAAUUUAUUUAA